AUGACGAGUGGUUUUGGGGAAUCAACGAGAGCGUCUGCUCCGAGCCCAUCAUGCUCGGGGAACAGUUCAAACGAUGCUGGUGAUUUCGAAUGCAACAUAUGCUUCGAUUUGGCGCAAGAUCCUGUGAUCACACUCUGUGGUCACCUAUUCUGUUGGCCAUGCCUUUAUAGGUGGCUCCAUCAUCACUCCCAUUCUCAAGAGUGCCCUGUUUGCAAGGCCCUUGUGCAGGAGGAGAAAUUGGUGCCUCUUUAUGGAAGGGGCAAAACACAGGCUGAUCCCAGGACCAAAUCAUAUCCUGGAAUGGAGAUCCCCCACCGUCCUUCUGGGCAGAGGCCACAAACUGCGCCGCCCCCGCCUCAUCCUGAGGGCAACCCUUUUGGGAGUUAUGGGUUUGGACUCAUGGGAGGGUUCAUUCCCAUGGCAACUGCCAGAUUUGGGAACUUCACGCUUUCCACCGCCUUCGCUGGGUUUAUCCCGUCACUACUCAACAUUCAUUUCCAUGGCUUUCAGGAUGCCACUGUCUAUGGGACAACUUCUGGCUAUCCCUUUGGGUUUAAUAGCUUUCACGGAGGGGGCAUGCGGGGGUAUUCGCAGGCAACUGGCGGCCAAGUGCAGCGGCAGGAGGAUAAUGUUUUGAAGAAUCUGCUUAUGUUGAUUGGAUUUCUUGUCGUUCUUACUGUUAUUUUUGUGUGGUAA